AUGGGUUGGUGUCGUCGUCGUGCGGGUUACGCCAAGCUGUCCCAAGUCGGCGGUAGCAACACCGUCCGCAUUCGAGAGGGGUCCCUUGUCAUCGGCAACUUUUACCCGCGGGUUUAUUCAUUUGUCACCACCUUCACCACCAACGUUCACGCCAAGACAUCGGGGGUUAGCCAAGCGAGUCAGGCCUCGCACGAAUUUCCUUGGCCGGGAGCUGGAGGUUAA